AUGUUAAUUCGUUUAAUGGAUCUUAAAGUACACGAGUGGAAACCGGAUAUGUUAGAUAAAUUGGAAAAAACACUUGAUGCUGAAUUAAAGUAUAGUGAUGACAAAAAAGGCAUUCAAUGUCGAUCAAUUGACUUUGAACAAGAAGUUGGUUAUCCAAAACAAGAUGCACGUUUUCUUGAUUUAAGUAUUCGAGGUUUAUGUAAAGAUGACAAUGGCAAAGUACAUAAUAUCGAUAAACAAUUGAUGACUGUCGCUAUUGAACGACACGUCGACGAAGUACAAGCAGUGACAUCUGGAACUGUUUAUCGUGUUGGUAAUGUUCAAUUUUAUAAACGUGAUAGAAAUAAACUUAAUUUAAUUAUUAUACCUAUUUCCGUUGCAUUAACAAUUCUUCUUUUUGUUGUAACAUUUGUUUUACGCCGAUUAAGACGUGCACAAAAACGUCGUCAUAUUGUUUCCGAAUUAGAAAAGAAAAAAGGAGCUAAUACUAAACAAGAUCCAACAACAGUAGCUAAUGUUGAUCCACUUGCAAAAGAAAACGAACGUUUAUUACAACUAGAUCCAAAUGUUGUUGGUAAUGCAUCGGAUACAUUAGGUAGUCCAAAAGAAUUUACCAAUGAUCAAUAUCCAAGUACAAGUCGUACUAAUCCAUCUGCUAGUGAUUAUAAUCGUGAAUAUAAAGGCGCUCCAAUAACACCACCAAGAGAAAAUCGAACAUUAAACUAUAAUCAAGAUAAUGAUACAUCAUUUCAAAAUCAACGAUCAACUAGACCAGAUCGUGAACGAAUGUAUGCGCCUUAUGAAAAUGAAACAAGAUUUUUACCAAGUCAAUCACAACCUCAAUAUGAACAACAAUAUCCAGAUAUGAUUCCUAUGCAAGAACAACAACCACGUGUCGUUGUUCGAACAAUACGUGAGGAUGGAAAUCAACCAUCAUAUUAUCAAAAAUACGAAGAACCGCCAACAAGAUUUGUACCUAUUCCAGUACAAGUUGAACGAAGUGGUCCUCAUCAAAGAUUUGUUCCACCGCCUUAUCAUUCCGAUCCUUAUUAUCGACAUACCAAUGCUUAA